AUGGCCUCCAAACCUCGUGGAAGAAUCAGCCGAACGGCUACCCAGAAUACCGACACAGGUUCAGGCUUCACAGGUAUAGAUGCACAAAGCAUUUUAACAUUAGACCAACUAUCAACAGCUAAAGCCAGCGUGACAAUGCUGGAUAAGUUGUGGACACAGAUUGAUGUUUUGGACGAUGUCAAGACCAUGGCAGACGAAGUCAAGGCACGCGGAUCCUUCUUUAGUGAGAAUUUCACGGGGCAGUUGAUGCUUUUGAAGGAGUCCCAGCAGAGGCUAUUGGAGGUUAUGGCCAAACACACGGAAAGAAGUGAUUUGAGUCGUGAACAGCGAAGAAAUGGGGCACGGGAAACCAUCGAGACAGGAGAGUUCAGUGCAGAGGCUGUACAGAAAGAAAGCGAGGAAACGAAGAAGCGGAUGCAUGAGUUUUUCUUUGGUCAGAGCAAGGACGACGACAAUCCUCAGCGUAGAGAUAUGGAAGAGUUAAGUGAAUAUGUGGGAGACGUGAGACAGCACAUGAAGGAUGUCGGAGAGCAGAUGAAGAAGUUUGAUGAGGAGAUCAAGAAAAUUUGGUGA